AUGCAAUUGGAUGUAAAACGACAAUUCUUUAAUCGCAGUGAACGUGUCAAAUCGGUCGAUUUCCAUCCAACAGAACCUUGGUUAUUGGCUGGUUUGUAUAAUGGAUCUGUUGUCAUUUACAAUACAUCCACCAAUAACCCUGUAAAAUCAUUCGAAGUCACCGAUGUUCCCGUACGCUGCGUACGCUUCAUCCCAAGAAAGAAUUGGUUUGUUGCUGGCUCUGAUGAUUUCCAAUUGAGAUGCUUCAACUACAACACCUCGGACAAGAUCUCUUCCUUUGAGGCUCACCCAGAUUAUAUCCGCGCUUUGGCUGUACACCCAACUCUCCCAUACGUUAUCACUGGUUCUGACGAUAUGUCCAUCAAGCUCUGGAAUUGGGAGAAGCAAUGGCGCUGUCAGCACAUCUUUGAAGGCCAUACGCACUACAUCAUGAAUAUUGUCUUCAAUCCAAAGGAUACCAACACCUUCGCUUCUGCUUGCUUAGAUAGGACUGUAAAAGUCUGGUCUUUGGGCGCUGUAAAUGCCAAUUUUACCUUAGAAGCACACGAUAAGGGUGUAAAUUAUGUCGAGUACUAUCACGGCAACGAUAAACCCUAUAUCGUUACUACCGGUGAUGAUAGACUUGUCAAGGUCUGGGAUUACCACUCUAAAUCUCUCGUUCAGUCUAUGGAAGGUCACACUUCAAACGUCUCAUUCGCCAUAUUCCACCCUUCCCUACCACUUAUCAUUUCUGGCGCUGAAGAUGGCACUGUUAAGGUGUGGAACAGCAGCACUUACAGACUCGAGCAGACUUUGAACUACGGUCUAGAGAGAGCUUGGUCGGUUGCUUAUUCAAAGUCUAUCAAUGACGUCGCUGUCGGUUUUGAUGAGGGUGCUGUAGUUUUCAAGCUCGGUCGCGAAGAUCCAACCUUCUCAAUGGACUCCUCUGGUAAAGUCAUCUACUCACGCAACAGUGAAAUCUUCGGUGCAAAUCUUCAAACACUCGACCAAGAUGACCUCGUCGAUGGCCAGCGUAUACCAUCUCAAGCUCGUGAACUCGGUAAUACUGAGGUUUUCCCACAAUCAAUUCAACACUCACCCAACGGUCGCUUUGUGACGGUUUGUGGUGAUGGCGAAUACAUCAUCUACACUGCACUCGCAUGGCGCAACAAAUCAUUCGGUCUCGCUACAUCCUUCGCUUGGGCUGGAGAUAGCAACACGUACGCAGUACGCGAACCAAGUGGAAAGCUACGUGUUUUUAAGAAUUUUAAAGAGAAGAAUGCCCCUAAGGUAGCCAAUAAUACGGGUGGAAUUACUAGUGUUUUUGGCGGUUCACUUCUUGGUAUUGCCGGGAAUGGUUGGAUUAUGUUCUGUGAUUGGGAGAGUGGAGAUAUAGUAAGAUGGAUUGAAGUAGAUGCCUCGCAAGUGAGCUGGUCACCUAAUGGCGACUACGUUGCCAUUAUUUCCCCUGACUCCGCCUACAUGCUCCAAUUUAACCGCGAUGCAUACGAUCAACACGUUGCGAAUGGUGCUGAUUUCGGUGAUGAGGGUGACGAAGAAGCAUUCGAGGUUGUUUCAGAAAUCAGCGACUCAAUCAGUACUUGUAAAUGGCUCGGUGAUUGUCUCAUCUACGUAUCGACGUUAAACAGAUUAUGUUAUGUGUUGGGUCAUAAGUCCCAGCCACUCAAUCACUUUGACGGGCCGCAGUAUCUCCUCGGAUACAUUGGUACUCAGAACCGCAUCUAUGUGAUGGACAAAGAUCUUCAAAUCAGGUCAUACGCACUCGCGAAAUCGCUCAUUGAAUAUGAAUCAGCUAUCCUCAGCCAGGACUUUACCCUCGCAGAAAACAUCCUUCCUAGGAUACCAGCCGAUCAGAAGAACAGGAUAGCAAGAUUUUUGGAAGACGAGGGAUUGAAAGAGUUAGCGAUGAGCGUGGCAACAGACCCAGACCAGAAAUUUGACCUAGCAGUAGAACUCGGCAAGCUCGACGAAGGCAAUGCGCUAGCUAGUCAGUCAGUGUCUGCAGAUUCGCAGAACAAGUGGCGCACAUUGGGCGACAAGGCACUCGAGAAAUGGGAUAUCAGUCUAUCUGUGGAGUGUUACAAAAAGGCAAGCGACCUCGAAGCGUUGCUAUUAGUAUAUACAAGCAGUGGCGAUAAGGGCGGUAUGCAGGAACUAGCAGAAUUGGCGAUACAAGCCGGACAGAAUAACAUCGCAUUCGCCGCACUCUUACAACUGGGACAGCCGGGCGAGUGUGUUGAUUGCCUCCUGCGUAAUCAACGUUACGCAGAGGCUGGACUAUUCGCUAGUACGUAUUGCCGAGACAAGAUUCAAGAGUGUACAGCAGCGUGGAAGAGCAGCUUGUUGGGGGAGAAGAAGGAUAAGAUUGCAAAAUCUAUCGGUGAUCCUGAAAACCAGCCUGAAUUGUUCAGCAAUAGCAAUAGCAAUAGCCAUAAUAAUCUGAUCGAUGUUGAGUAG